AUGGCAAAAUCCCCCGUAUUACGUUUCCCAAUCUCGGGACAAGACGAUGGCUCCUUCUUGGUCGAGGUCUCUUCAAACGGGUCACAACCACUGGACCUGAAACUUGUCGGAUCGGAAAGCACCGCCGUGUUCAUGGUCAAGUUGCGUCAUAGGAGGAUCGCCGCGUGUAAGGCUUCAGGUGGUCACUGCACCGAUCAGGAGUGGCAACAGAUCUUGACUUCAUCCUUGGUCGAGCAGCAACCCCUGCGCGACAUUGAGAUCAAGGCCAACGUCGAAUCGGACGGAUCGUGCGUCACUCUGUCCUUCCGGAAGAACAUCCAAGGUAUCACACAACGCCUGGGAUCCAUCAAGCUAGAGGAGAAUGACAAGACCGAGAUCUCGCCCUUCGAUUGGUGCGUCGCCGCCCUCGCAUCCAAGGACAAGGUCACGGAAGAUCUAGCCACAGCUACCGCCAAGGUCGAGUCCCUGGAGAAGUCCAUCAACGAACUCAAGGGGCAUCUAGACGAGCUCAUCAAGGCGAAAGAUGAUGAUGAAACCCAACUUCUGGAGAAGUUCAGAGACCUCAUAAACGAGAAGAAGGUCAAGAUCCGGCAACAGCAGCGCUUACUUGCAUCAGCCAGCGUGGACCCCGACAAGCUCGCCAAGGUCGGCGCAAGUCAAGGCUCGCUGAACCGGCCUGCAGGGAAAUCUCGCGCCUCGAAGCGGAAGGCCGUCAAGGACGAGGCAGACAGUAGUGACGAUGAUGGCUUCGAGAAGAUGGACGUCGACAACGGCGACGCUAACAAUGCCGGCCAGGAAUCAGAGCAAGGAGAUGGGCAGCUGGCGACGACGGAGGAUGACACACCAAGUGAAGCCGAUAGCGAAGCAGAACCAGCGCCUCCUGCGGUCAAAUCGCAGAAGAUGGACGCCGCGCCCCCUAGUCGAAACACGCGUUGUUCGCAAGCCAGAAAGUCUCCUUCACUGGCAGGCUCGGAUGGUAGCAGCGACGCGCCUCCGCCACGGCGGAAUUUGCCAUUCAUGCAAGGCAAGAAGAAAGCAGCGCCGCCGCCGGCGCCUGCGGAUGAUGAGGAAACGGCAUCGGAUGAUGAUGAGCUAUGA